AUGGGGACACAUACCAACUAUGAGUAUGCCUAUGACUUUACUAGGCAAUAUUUCAACCCAAGAGUCCGGUGGCGGGUCCAAACCCUUCUGCUGUCUGUGUUCGGUAAGCAAGAUAUGCGUGUAAUUAUGGAGGAGGAAUUGAAUGACACUGGAAACUCUGGAAAUGAGGAGAAGCAGACCAAAGCCUCGGGCAGCAGGAGCAUGGAGGGAGAGAAGAGCUCUUCAGGAGCAACUUUGAUCUACCUCAUGAGUCCAAGAUUUUUGAUUUAUGUAAGCUGUGCCUUAUCAAUAUGGGGAGACCGGAUGUGGCACUUUGCUAUGUCUGUGUUCCUGGUGGAACUGUAUGGACAUAACCUCCUUCUAACAGCAGUUUUUGGCUUAGUGGUGGCUGGAUCUGUGCUAAUAUUUGGGGUCUUAAUUGGUGACUGGAUUGACAGGAAACCAAGAAAUAAAGUGGCUCACGCCUCGCUCUUCAUUCAGAACGCCUCUGUCACCACCUGCUGCGGGGUCCUCAUGCUGGUGUUCUCCUACAGAAGGGAGAUGGAGCAAAUCUGGCAUGGCUGGCUCAUGGUGGCCUGUUACGCAGUGGUGAUCACCCUGGCGGCUGUGGCAAACCUGGCUGGUACAGCCCUGACCAUCACCAUUCAAAGGGACUGGAUUGUGAGCCUUACUGGGGACAACAGAGGCCAGCUUGCUGGGAUGAAUGCAACAGUCCGGCGGCUGGAUCAGGUCAUUAGUAUAUUUGCCCCUCUGUCUGUGGGCCAGGUGAUGACAUGGGCAUCUCAUGUGAUCGGCUGUGGUUUCAUUCUUGGAUGGAAUGUGGUUUCACUGCUUGUAGAGUUUCUCUUUCUGUCCAGGGUUUAUCAACUAGUUCCUCAAUUGGCUGUAAAACCCCAGCAACAGACUGGGGAGCACUCCCUAGAAAGGCAGCGGGAGCCUAUGAACAUGCAAGGUAAUUUUAAACUCAGAGUGCCAAAGGACCACAGUUAUAAACUGGAAGGACAAAAAGCCAAAGGGUUUGACCUUUGUCUCCAAAACAUGCGCAGGCUGCUCCGCACGUGCCGCGAGGGAUGGGAAACGUACUGUCACCAGACUGUCUUCCUGGCUGGCCUGGGCUUGGCCUUCCUCUACAUGACUGUUUUGGGGUUCGACUGCAUCACCACUGGUUAUGCCUACACCCAGGGGGUUGGAGGCUCCCUGCUUAGCAUCCUCACGGCCCUUUCAGCCGUGUCUGGCCUGAUGGGUACAAUUCUCUUCACCCGCCUCCGGGGACAUUAUGGUUUGGUCACCACAGGAAUCAUUUCCAGCUGGCUCCACGUAGGUUGUCUAACACUCUGUGUGUUUUCUGUCUUUGCUCCUGGAAGUCCUUUUGAUAUGACUGUCUUCUCACUCCCAUUAAACAAGACUUCCUCUUCAAAACGUGACCUUCUGAAAGAGGACCAGGUACACAGUUAUUCUUUCAAAAGAAGCCUGAAUCAACCCAUCCUCCCAGAUCGCUCUUCCAUCCACUGGACCAACAGCACUGUUCUGUUCAAUGGCCAGCAGGACCCGGAGCAGCCCGAGUCCUACAUUUCUAUCAUCUUGCUCUUCUCAGGUGUGAUCUUGGCAAGAAUUGGCCUCUGGUCCUUUGACCUCACUGUGACUCAGCUUCUCCAGGAGAACAUUCCAGAAGUGGAACGAGGGGCUGUCAACGGUGUGCAGUGCUCCCUGAACUACCUCAUGGACCUCAUCCACUUCAUGCUCGUCAUGCUGGCUCCGCGGCCACAGCAGUUCGGCAUGCUGGUCUUCCUUUCCAUACUGUUCGUGAUCACUGGGCAUGUGCUCUAUUUCUUUUAUGCAAGAAAGAGGCAUUUGAGAACAAGUCCAGUAGCUGGUGUCCUCAUUCAGCUGCUGUGUAUCCAUGACACGUGCCGUACCAAGGAGGCCAAGUAG